AUGGCUGGCGAUCCAGACCCCAUGUAUGUAAAAGUCCGCCAGAUCUUGUCCACUCCAUUGGCUUGUGGAAAAUCUCCAGCAGAGCUUUACUUUGGAAGAAACAUCAGAUGCCAACUGGAUGUACUUCGUCCAAUAAAUCACAAGCCAAAAGUCGAUCAUGGUCUCAAGAGCCGCCAAUUAAACGUGGAAGAUCGCGUAUUGUCGAGCUACUAUGCCAUCAACUGGAAUCAAUGGAAACUUGGUACCCUUCUCAAGAAGCUUGGAAGACUUCACUACAUCAUUCAUCUCGACGAUCAACAAGCGGAGAUGAAGCGUCACAUUGACCAGCUUCGCCGUUCAGAAAUUCCAAAGAAGAAGGUUCACUUUGCCCCUGAAUCAGAAGAAGAUGAUUUGCAACCUACCUCGAUUGCUCAUUCUCCUCCAAACCUCCAUGACUUUCAACCUAUUCAUGAUCCAUAUUCUGACCGUACUCAACGAGGGAGACCAAGUUCUGGCCUGAGUCGGACUCCAUCACCAGAGGUUCCAAUUGCAGGGCCCACUACUAAUGUCAGGCGUUCCAGCCACCCUGGCAAAGCGCACUCUUACUUGAAAGACUAUAUAACGUCUUGA